AUGUCCAGCUCGGCGUUCUCUUCGCCUUCGGCACCCAUGCGCUGCGACGUGUAUGAUGCACCUAUCACAGCAAUUGUGUGCUCUGGCAGCCGUGGUGAAGUGUACUUUGCCGCGGGGAACACCGUUCACUGCAGUCGGACGGAUUCGUUAACCUGCAGCACAUCGGUAAGCGAGCCGCAAGCUUCUUCCACCACCGUGCGCUUUGCCACAGCACCGCCGGGCACAACCAUCAACGAAAUUGACGUGGCGCACCCAUCGUCGCCACGACCAAUCGUGUUCAUGGGUGCGGCAGAUCGUGUGCUUGCCCAAUGCGGCGCAGCUGACGAUCCGUCAAGGUACUCAUGCAGUAUCGUUCUCCAUGCCGACGAAGCCCGUGUCCUGCGCAUCGUAGUGGAUGAGCGGAGAGGUGUCGUGCAUGUGCUCACCGCCUCCAAUGAUUGGUUCUACGGAGCUUUGGACAACAUUGCGCAGGCGCUACGCGCGCAGACGACCUCCAGCCACUACGACGUGUCAGCUCGCUGCGCGUUUGCACGCGUUAGCGGCCCGCGGCUAGGCGUCGUGCUCGCCGCGGAUUGUCUAGUGCAGCAUCCGCUCUUACCAGAGGGGCGUGAAGGUGACGUCACUGGGGUGCCGGAAGGGAUGGCGGGUGUGUCAUGCCGGCUGUUUUCCGCCACAUAUGCCGGUGAGGUGGUAGAGUGGGAGGCUGAGGAGCAGGAUGAGUGUGUAAGAGUGGCUUACACAGAGUCACAGCAGCUGCGCGGGCAGUGUGCGCGGUCGUGCUAUGUUGUGUCUCGUGUGCAGGCCCAUCCGAGCGGCUGCGCCAUCUUCUCAGUUCGCGCGAAGGCAACGUAUUCCAUGUUGUGCGGCACUGGCAGUGCGCAGGACGACGCCACAGUGCUCACGCGCGUGCACCUCGUUACCUGCAGUGACGAUCGGUCUGUGGCGCUGUAUGAGCGACGCGGUUCAAUCGCAUCCACUAGCAAACACUUGGAUAGGAGUGCAGAGCCGCAGGAACGCGACUGGGUGCUGCUGUGGCGUGGGAGCGGUGCUGGCUUUGCCCGCAGUCGCAUUUUCGACGUCGCUCUGCACGCCGCAUCGUGGCCGUAUGCGACAGAGGGCCCUGAGCAGCCUUGGCGAAGCUGCAUCGUGUUCGUUGGCGUCGCCGGCGAGGAUGGCGCCGUGCAGGUGGUCGAGGUGAACGCCAGGGAGGACGGUGACUUGGUUACGUGGCCCUUGCGCCACCGGACUCAGUCUGACCGCUGGAGGGCUGCUGCAACGCCUCGUCUCGUACGCCUCCAUCAGCACCGCGGCCACGGUGCGUAUCGCGUGGCCUUCUCCACCUCCUCGCCGCAUUCUGUUACGCUCAUCUCUGGUGGCUUCGACGGUGCGGUGUUUGCCCACACACUGUCGUCCGCGCUGCAGCACGAGACAUGUGACAUGGGCAGAGCGGUGCAGCUGCGACUACACGACGUAAUGCUGCAACCACCGAUUUUGGCGACAGCAAAGGACUGCGACGGCGACACCAUCGAACGUGAGGAGUUGCUGCAGCUACAUCCCUCAUCAAGCUCAUCGGCAAAGGAGACGGAUCAGGUGCGCUCGGUGCACGUGGACGGCCGUGGGCUUUUACUCGCCUGCACGAGCCGUGCCUUGUGUGUGCUGUGCGCCGAUACAUCAGCGCACAGCUGGUGGAUUGCUCUGCCCACCGGCGCAUUGCGACGGCGCUGUGGAGUGGCCGGGGAUGAGUCCGCCUUGGACUGGGGUGUGGCAGCAACAUUGGAGAGCGCCGUCGCACGGUGCUGCGUAUCCUCUGCGAGGGGGCCGCAGCUUUCGUCCGUUGGGUGCGCCUUGGUCGGAACGACAGCUGGUGUCCUGUGCGCCGUGCCAUACUGCUACACCCAAGCAGAACUCGGUGGCUCCUUACCUGUGGCCUCGUUCGCGGCAGCGCACGCCAGCCGGCCAGAUGGGGACGCGUUACCGUUCACGUCAGCUCUGCAGGCGUUUGGCAAAAUCACCCGAGUGUCCGUUGCUCGGAUGCACGAAGGCAACUUCGGCGCCAGCACGCACGCUUUAAGCGGUGACGACGAUGCAACAGCACGCCACUCGACUGACGCCACUACGAGCGAGUUUGUUGUGGCGACGAAUCACGUUUAUGGCACCAUUGUGCUCUCGAGGCUUCUGCUAACCUUGUGUCAUGCUUGCAGCAGUGGGGGGUGCUCCAUUUCGGGUGAUGGGGCCGUUGGACUUUGCGUGAGCGCCGUGUGGCACACGCUCAUCGUCUACAGUGACUGCCCCGGACCUCUCACGACGGCCUUGUCGCUGAUGCCUAUCCGCUGCGGCCGGUAUGAUGCAGGCGAGAGCAACGACGACGGCUGCGGCUGUCGGGAUGGUAACGUGGCUAUUUCGCUCUGGCUUCUCGUUGGGGAUAGGAAGGGGUGCCUCUUGGGAACGCGAUACGAGGUAAUGAACCGCGCCCUUGAGUCGGCGGCCAAUCCACUUGAUUCUCACGCACUGCCUCUUGCUACCUCCCUGAAGGCGGUAGCCGCGGUUCACCGCUACGUCUUUGCCGAGCACCUGCACACUGCCAUUUCUGCUCUCUGUGCCGAGAACUGCAGCUCUGCGACCUCUGUCGAUGGUGCGUGCGUGUCAUCAGACACUCUCAUCACAGUUGCUGGAACCGGUGGUGUGAUGGAAUAUGUGUAUCUGCAUGCCUCGACCUCUUCGAGCAAGGGUGAAGCAGUGGGGUCGUCUCCGCUGCCUUCGCGCGCGAGGGAACCUUUGCGCCUUCCCUUUGAAGUUUCCUCUGUGCUCUCCGUGUCACCGUGGUUGUGGGUGGUGCAGUGCGGCACGACUGUUUCGAUCCUUCAUCGCAUCCCGGGGCAUUCGUCGUGGGUGCCGGUGGGCAGCUGCGACGGGGUUCGUGCUCCACGACUGCUGACCGCACGCGUCGUUGCCGCCUCUCCUGCCGGUAGCCCAAUGGCGUUCUUCGCGCAUUGCUCCGACGGUCGAACCGUGGAGCGGAUGAUGGUGAAACCAGGCCCCAACGCAUUGCUGCAUCCAGCGCUUUCACCCUGUGGUGCCCAAACAACUCUUGUGCACGGGGUAGGCUUCCCAGGCAAGGACUACAACUGCGUGGCGUACGCACCAGCGCCACUUCACUGUCUUUUGAUGGGUAAUGAAGACAGUAGCGUCGCCUUGUAUCCGGUUCUGGCUGCGAGCUCCGGCAUGGGGGUGUCUAAUAUGCAUUCGUUGUUUGGUUGUCUGCUCACUCCGCUGAAUGUGUGUGGUGCCCAUCACUCGAACAUACUGGCAAUGACCGUGCUUCCCCGCACCGAGGCGGAUGCGUUGCGGUUUGUUUCGGUGGGCGGUGGUGCCAUGGUGAACUUGUGGUCCGCUGGUCUGAUUCCCAGCCCCCUGCAGCUGCUGGACUGGUGGUGCGGCAGUGGCGCCCCGUCGCCGCACAACACCGCGACAUCGCCGACGGAUGGCGCUCCGUCACUUGAUGUGAAGAGUGAAGGUGCGUCGUGUGAGCCUCGCAUCAGCAGCGCGCGCUUUCAGAGGCGGCGUGAAAAGAAAGUUGUUGCUGCGUCUACGUCGCUGACGCUCACAGACCGCAUCCCACGAUUUAUGGCAGUGACGGCGUUGAGCUCGACGGACAUCGCUGUCGGCAGCAGCGACGGAACUGUUCUCUUCUUCCGCGUGCACGACGACAGAGGCGCGAAAUGCGGAUCGCCGCAGCCAACAGGGACCAUGCUGCAGCUGAGAUGGCAAGGGGUGCUGAACACGGAGCGGCCGAAGCCGGUCAUGUGUCUAAGUAGCACAGACGACGGUGACCGAGACGCGUUGACACGCUCCUUAAACGUCGACCGCGCAUCACGGUUUGUGGUGGCUGGGGACACAAAUGGAGUUGUGUACGCAGUCGACGCCGCAUUACACGUCGUACGCGCACACACGCGACUGGAGCAGUCGUGCGUGAAUGCGAUCAGCGAGCUGCAGCGGGUGCUGACCGUGUCACCAUCUGAUGCAGACGCGGCACGGCACCAGUGGCGGUUCGCGGCGCUGCACGAUUCUGGGGUUGUGCAUUUGAUGGCACUGGAGGUUUCUGCGGCGCAAGACGGGAACAUUCAGACUGCUGAGCUGCGUCGGCUCUGCAGUGCGUCUACUGGCCUGACAGCAGGGAGGAGUGCGCAUUGGCCUGCGCAGUCACUACCGCUUGUUGUAGUGACCGAGGAGCACAUCAUCGAGUUUGAUCCAGAGGCGGCGCAGCGCGGGAAAUUGCGUCAUUUGCGUAUGCAGCGGGUGAGUGUGCGCUGCGUAAGCGGGGCCGCGCUGGUGAGCGAGGCAUCCGGCAGUAAGCAGCUGCCACCUCGAUCACGAGUGGCCGUCGUUGGCCAGGGGUUCGAGCUCGUUGGUUGA